GCCCCAGUCAACGGUAGACACAGUCUCCAUGUGAUCAGUGCACACAACCACUCCACCCCACACAACCACAGGGUGUCGUGCUUGUAGUCACACUUCUCCAGCCAUGAAGUGGACAUCCCAGCACCUGUUGGUCUCGAUCUGCCUCGCAGCCUUAGGUAAUAUAUGUGUGGUGCCGGCCCAUUCGAUUUGUACAGUCCCAGACCAGAACGUGCGACUGUACAACGAUGGCGGACCGGGUGGUAUCGGGAUCCUGGAGGUGAAGGACGCCGCAACUAUGUCGUGGGGGUCUGUCUGCACUGACAACUUUGACGUGGCGGCAGCAAGGGUCGUGUGCAGAAUGCUGUGUUUCAAUGAGACAUAUGCCACCCCGAUGAUGUUGCAACACCGCACACUGCGUCAGCGGUUCAGGGUGAUGUACAGACCGUUCUGUCACGGAGGGGAGUCGAACCUGACUGAGUGCCAGCACUCCAGCUGGGGCGACGUCGACGGCUGCACUGACGCCGUGUACAUGACCUGUCUUGAAGACAACCCCUGCCACCCUGAACACUGUGUGUCUGAACCUGAUGCCCCGAACAUCUCGUGCAACAACACGUACAUGAGAGUGGAUUUCAGCAAGGUGAACGACAAGGAUCUCACACCGGCCCACAUCUCUCUCAUGGCUCCAGGCUGCCCCAUCAACACUUACAAUUACGACCCUGGAUCUGGAGAUGUAGUUGUGUCGGCUGUCAUCGCUUUAAAUACAUGUGGUGUCAAGACGUCGGGAAAUGAGACGCAUCUGUUCUACGACACCAAGUUGAUUCACAGUCCAGUGAGUGACAGCGAUGGUAUAACACGGAGAGGCGCGUAUGUCGUGGAUGCUAUGUGUGCCUUCGAAAGAGAACAUGAGGUGAACAUCGGCGCUGAAAUUGUCACACAAACCAUUGUAAUUGUUGGCACGGGAAAGUUUCGUUUCAAGAUGUAUUUGUGGAAAUCAGACCAUUUCUUCGAGCGUUAUAGCAGUGCAGUUCGCCUCCAUGUAAACGACUGUUUGAACGUGACUGUGGAUCUCAUCACAGACAACGACGAUCUGAAAGUGGUGGUACCAGAUUGCUGGGUGGUUCCAGAACCGAAUACCCCCCCUACACAUUCAGUCGAUCUAAUCAGGAACAGGACAGCUGAGGAGAACACUCUGGUCGGGUACCGCUUAUCCCGCACAAGGUUUGGGUUCAAGUACAGAGUGUUCCAGUUCGGGGUCAUCAACAAGAUAAGAAUCCACUGUAAGGCGGUUGCCUGUGACUUGGGGGAAAGUAGUCCUACCUGUCUGAACCGAUUCAACUACCGCAGGAAGAGGGACACCACUGACGACACUCUCAGCACGACUGUAGUCAUAAACCCAGUUGACACUGUUGACAACUACCCCGUACAUCACGGAGUCCCAGCUGGCCGGAAGAAGAGUAAGCGUCCAAGUGAAGAGAAGACCAGUCUUCACAGAAGCCAGAAGGAAGCACCACCGGCGUUACCAGUUUCUGACCUGACGCCCACAGCAGCACCCACCAUAGCCGCAGGCACACGUGACGAGCACACACCUCCCCCGACCAAACCAGUGAUGCACUUGGCACUUUGGAAAACAGCUGCCCUGACCUCAGACCUCGGGCCCCGUCCGGACCUUUAUCGGAAUCAGACGGUCCACAUGACCAUGGAAACAGAUCCUAACACGUCGGAGUUGAACCAGAGUAUUCAUAUUACAACAUGCCGGAUACACCCUUGGAACGAUGACAAACCUUUUGUUGAGCUUCUAAGAAAUGGCAUUCCUAGCGAGGAUACACUCACCGUGAGGAGACACAGGGGUCGCAUUGUGCUGGAAUUCAAGGCACCGCUUCAAAUGCAUUUUACCUUGUUCGUCAUCUCCUGCAAGGUGCACGCAUGCUUCACGGAUCGUCCCAUGUUGUGUUCAGAGGACACGGAGGUUACGACAACAGUCAUCUCAGUUGUCGACUAUCCUUUGCCAAAAUCCACUGCGCAAACGCAGGUCGCUGGGAAGCAUGCUAGGAUCUUCACAACACUCGCUGCACAGGCUGACAUUUCAGAGAAGCAUGCAACAAGAUUCUUUCCGAAGAUCCCUGCACCAAAGGAAACCGAAGAGGAGGACGAGGCAAGCAUCUUGCCAUCAUCUGAGGAGUUAGAGGAUCCAGAACCUAUGCCACCAGCAUACUGGGCAGGAAACCCUCCAAUAGAUAGUGGCAUGGGCAUCCUACCCAGUGGAACACUGCUUGUACACACGUCUGUCUUACUGGUGUAUGGACUUUUCAUGUAGACGUAUCCUUGACAUAAACUACCCAAAACAAGUUAGGAUGCAUGCAUAUUUGGUUUCAUGCGAUUGUUUGCUCAGACAUUAUUGCAGAAAAUAUCCCGAAAAUGUUAAUGAUUCCGAAGCUUUUUUUCGUCAGAAUAAGGAAUCAUCUGUGUGACAUGCUAUUUGCAAGAGGAAUAAAAUUAAUAAUUGUUAACCACCAAAACCUUUCAUAUAUAAUAAAUACACUAUCAGUAAUUCUUUUGUGGUUUGCAGAAAUAAAUACAAUGAAUAUGUUUCUCUAAAAAUGUACUGAAUUCCGUUAAAGAUUCAGUAAAAUGACAAGUAAGACUGCAAUGAUGUCUUAACAAUAGGCAUCUUGAGUUGAACCUAGAUAUACACAGUAUCAGUUGUUCCAAAUGUGAAAGGUCUUGUAGUUUGGGUGUUACAGAAACACAGUGUAACACAAUAUUUUGUACUUUAUAAGAAUAGAUAAUUCUCAAGUCCUCUAUUUUCUUGUUGCACAUACGAUUUCCCCGUUACUCCGUCCAUACACCGUAUUAGAACCUACUUACCUUGUGAAAGAUUUGCGAAUGCAGUCAAGUGUAUACAUACAUUGAUUUAGUCUCCUGAAUGAGAAGUAGAGGUGACCAAUGAGCCUGCCCCCACUGUCGAAUUUCUAAUGAUGAUUGCACAUGCUCGACAUAUGUGAUUGUAUAACAGCAGCAUUGUUCAUCACUUGAUUGUUUGGUCGAGAGCCCGCUUACAAUCGCUACAGCAAAACCGUUUCCAAUAUUAACACAUUCUUGCAAUUGUCAGUUUCUUAUUCUUGUAACACUUUUAAAACUUUGACUUGCCUUCUCGUGUGUGUAUGUACGGCUGAUGUGAUCUAAAGGUGAUACAUGUACUUUCUGUUUUAACAAUUCUGUUUCUCUUUGCAGCCAAUCCUACUAAUAGCAUAUAAUGAAUUCAAGUGUGUUUGCAUAAAUCGUCUAUUAAUGACAAAUGAAGUUUUAUAUAAUCACCGGGAAAAGAAAACAUGCAUUUGAAAACACGACGUGUCCUAAACAUCAUACACCUUAUAACAGCGUUAUUUGGCGGAAAACCAUCCCCAGAACGGGCGAUCUCUAUGGGUGUAUACUUUCUCCUGCCCAACAAUUGACUUUGUUAAAUUAAGUUAUUUUCUCAUUUUGUUUGAAUUCAUUACAUAAAGAGUGAUUUUGCUGAA